CUCCACUAAAAGUUUAAUUUCUUGAGGGUAAGAACUUUCUUUUAUUCCAGCACUGAGGACAGCCCCUGAAUGUAGCCGCUGCACAGUCAACAUAGGUGACCAGGAUGAACAGAUGAGCAGAGUGGGGAACCGCUAGCUUCAUGAGUUGACUGUUAGCCCUUAGGUUUCCAGCUCCACCAUUAUCUAGCUAUGUGGCCUUGAGCAAAUUAGCCUCUUUGAACCUUGGCUUCUUCAUUAAAAAAGAGAGAAUAAUCCUCUUACCUCACAGGGAGGUGGUGACAACAUAUGCCCUUGCCUGGCACCUACUAGGCUUCUCCACUGGUGGGAGUUUCCUCCUCACCCUCCACCCCUGCCACACACAUAUUCCCUGGAGACCCAGCCCUGCUGCUGUAACACAUUUCAGUGAUGUCACAGGUCCCCUCCCUGGGAGCUCCAGCGCAAGCAUCCUGAUGCGCAGCCUGAGGGCUGGCUGAACUGAGAGGGGCAGGACACAGGCAGUGCCGGGUACCAGUCUUGCUCCAUCUGUCUUUGAGGCCUCACACCCCCAGCAUGAGUCCAUCGGCAAAGAAGAGGCCCAAGAAUAGAGUGAUUUCCAAGAUGCAAGAUAAGGAACCACAGGACAAGAUUCAGCAGCCUGUCAGCAAAGUACUUGAGCGGAACCGACUUAAAAUGGUGUUAAAAAACUUGUCGCUCUUGAGGCUUCUCAAGAGCUCGAACCCCCGGAUCCAAGAACUGUAUAGCCUGGCCAAAAGGUGUUGGAAUUCACUGCUCAGAGUUCCGAAGAUCCUCAGGAUCUCCUCUGGGAACAACGAUGGCUGCGAUAAAGUGGAACAAAACAAUGAAGAGCUCCAGGAGGCUGGGUGCUCCAAGAAGAAACUGGAGUCCAAGAAAUUAGAGUCCAUAGAGGAGGAGGAGGAAGCUGCGUCUCCUAAGGAGACACAGCCCAUGGAGGAGGUGGGGCAGAAGAACAAGGCCCAGCAGUCACCUGCAGCAGUGCCACAGAAAGAAGAGCAGGUGGAGCCUGAGGUCCCAACGACAUCAAGGAGUCAUGGCCUGACCCCUUGCCCUGGAGCCCAGAGGAAGCAGCCACCCACUGGGGGCUCCCGAGUCGUCUUCCUCAAGACCUACCUGCACAGAACUCCCAUGGAGGAUGGGAAGCAGCUGGAAGCAGCUGACCAGUGGGUCUGGUUUGAGGGGCUGCCCACACGAGUCCACCUCCCAGGGCCCCGAGUGAUGUGCAGAUCAUCCACCCUGCGCUGGGUCAAGCGCUGCUGCACCCGUUUCUGCUCUGCGUCACUUGAGCUGCCUAUGUGCCAUCCAUACAGGGUGUGACAACGCCACUGCCAGGCCAGGGUGGUGUGACCUUGGAUGGGAGCCAGAGGUGUGAGGA